UAUAUAUUUUUUUUUUUUAGGGAGGAUAUAACGACGUGACUAAGUAGCGUUAGCGUGCCUUUUGCUCUUCUGGGCUUUGGUGUAAACUCAUCUGACCAACGUUAACGUUAGCGUAUUCUGUCUGCCUCGAGAUUCAUGAAUUAGCCUAAACGGAUGUUUUAGUUACGCUGACUGACUGGACGCGAAAACUACAAGGGAAAUUUCACGAGUCAUGUAUACCGCAAUGACGGAAAGGAGUCCGGUUCACAGUGGGACCGGUGUCUUGUACCAGGCAAUACCGGCUGUUGGUGCCGAUGGAAGAAACAUCAUGAAACUGAUUCCAGUACGAAUGGUCAACAGACACUUUGACAAGUCUCAAAUAAGCCAGCUGAAAACUGAUACUACACCACCGAAAGCUUUAGCCGUCGAUAUUACCUCACCACCAGUUGGCAUGGGAAAAAAGGCAGCUUUGAGUCCUUCUGCAACCGAGCAAAUUUUCAGGAAGCAGGUUUCCCUCGUGAAUGCCCUCCCUUAUCAAGUAGGUUCGGAUCUUGGUAAUUCACUAAACAACCAUCCACUACAUCAAAUACAACAGUGUGUGAAUUUGUUGCCAAUUGUACCUCCCCGUCAGCUCCCAGUCACAGGACAGUGCCUUCUGAUUCUUCCUAAGACACAAGUCCGAAUAGUCCCAGCAUCUGAACUACCUGCAGGUAUCAAGAAACCUACUUUUACUCCAUCAGCCAACUCCUCUCCAAGUUCAGGCUUACCCAGUGUGACCUUCUUGUCACCUAUCACAAUUACUCCACAAAGUGUUUCUGGACGUGACGCGUUCAAGUUGCUUUGCAACAUAACAAAUACAACCUUAUGCGGACCUCCAUCAAAUGGAUCAAAACCACAUUUAAAUUUUAUUCCAAAUGUUCCACAAAGGCACAACAGCCCCAUAAAGUGGUCAGUUGAAGAAAAGGACAACUCAAUGGCUCCAACUCUUGAUCCUAUAAAUUCCUCCGUUACUUCAGAGACUCUCCAAGUUGCGGCAGAGAGAGAAAAUGCUGGGAAGCACUGUGAGGUCAGUACUAAAUCUGUUACUGGGUUGAGUCGGGGCAAAAGUGGAGAAGAACAGGAAAACACGAAGCAACCACAACAGCAACAGAGUGUACAUUUAAGGGCCAUAGGACCUCUUAUGGCAACACCUGUACCAAAAAGUGGAAAGUCCGGAAGACCUCCAAGUGAUCUCCAAGUCACAAUGAAAUCUCCAGCACUCCCCAGAGGACAGGGCCUUCAGAUUCCCCCGAAGGUACAAGUCCGAACAGUCUCAGAAUCUGGACUACCUCCGGGUAUCAAGAAACCUACUUUUACUCCAUCAGCCAACUCCUCUCCAAGUUCAGGCUUACCCAGUGUGGUCUACACGUCACCUAUCACAAGUGUCAAUCGAGGAGUUACUCCACAAAGAGAUUCUGCACUUGACACGCUCAAGUUGCUUCACAAGACAUCAAAUAAAACUUCAUGGGGACCUCCAUCAAAAGGAUCAAAACCACAUUUAAAAUUAAUUCCAAAUGUUCCACAAAGGCCCAACUUCCCCAUAAAGUGGUCAGUUGAAGAAGACGAUGACAACUCAACGGCUCCAACUCUUGAUCCUAUAGAUUCUUUUGUUACCUCAGAGAUUCUUCGAGUUGCUGCCGAGAGAGAAAAUACUGUGAAGCACUGCGACGUCUCUACAAAUACAGUUUCUGGGUCGAGUCAGGGAAAAAUUGGACAAGGACAGGAAAACCCCUUGGUCAUGUGUAACGGGAAGCUUUUUUUUUCGGCCAAGAAUUCCAGCCGACAAUAUAAAACUGGAAAAAGUGACACACUCAUCGCAGCAAAACAAAUUGUAGCUUCAACCCAACAGUCACUUGCGUCAGUUGCACCUCAGAAAAAGCAGGGCCUCGAAAUACUCAAUCCAAACGAGUCGAUCCAAGUGAUUGACCUUUGUGAUGACGAUGCUCCAAAUGACUGGUCUCAACGAGCAGCAUCCGUUCAUAUGUCAGCAGUCACGCUUGCGAAUGAAGACAAUGUAAUAUUUGUGUCAUAUACUCCACCCAGAUCUGAGUCUCAAGAUGUGAGACUAAUAACACAAAUGGCACGUGGAACAGACCAGGGGGCCACAAGCAGCUCGAACAAUGUGACGGUACAAAAGAGGCCAGAUGGGACAUCUGGUGCUCUCGGAAGAAUAGAACUUGGCCAGAGCAUGUCGGUCAACCCGGUCAUAAAUCAUACACAUGUUGGUGUUUCAGCAGGGAUGAACAUGGAUGAUGAUGAUGAUUGCUUGAUUAUUAACAGUCAGCAGAGCACCUCCGCCCAACAGUUGGAGAGCAUGGAAGUCGAUCCCAGCAGCAAUGGAAUAUGCUUUGAAAUAAAUAAGGACACCCACAACGUGGAGAGCUCCAUGACCAGUCGGACAUCUUCGCCGGAGCCCGAAUCCUGUCAAAGAGCUGAUGAUCUACUGAGACGGAUAUUCGGGAUCACGGCCGAUGUGAAAAUUUGCCUGCAGAGGAUUGAGGAAGCCUCAGUCGGGUCUCUGGAGAGUGAGUGCAUUAGGUCAGUGGAGGAGCAUCAGGAAACGACAAGCAGGUUUGAAGACGGAGAACCUUUUUUGCAGCACCUUUACAGUCAACAAGAAACUGAAAGCUGCAAUGCCCUCACUAAUGGCAAUAGAGUGGAAGUACUAACUCAACAGGAGCUGUCCGAAGAUUCCUCCACUCCCAGUCCUCACUCAGAUGUUGGACCUCUGGAGUGUUCACAUUUCAAAGUGAACACAAACACUUCGCCCAAGGGAACAUGCGGUGAUGUUGAAACAGAGCCAAUGACUGGCUACGGGGAGCCCAUAGAAGAGGACUUCCUCAGUGCUGAUGAAAAUGACUUCCCCGACUCCCGGGACACAGCUGGCCGUUCUCAGACCUGUGCGGAUCUGAAUGCUAACACGGGGAGACUGGGAAGAAAAAGGAAGCGCCCGACGUGUCCAUGUUGCAUCGCCGGCACUCAAGAUCCAGCAGCGAGGUCCAGUGCAAAGUCAGACGAGCCAGAGAAGGGGGCGUGGACGACAGAGCGGACAAUUAAGAAAGGGGGAAGAGCAAAGGCCUCAAGUAAAGACGUGAAAACAUCUGGAAGCAUCAGCUGCCUAAUGGCCAAGAACAAGCACAGCUGUAAGACGUCCGAGGAUCCAGCCGUUGACGGUUUAUCCACACUGUCCAUGGACUCUGAUGAACUCGAGCUGCACGAGCAGAUCACGAGACUCAAAGAGCUUCUGCAAGAGAAAGAGGCGGCUUUAGAGCUGAUGAAAAACGGCAGCAUUUCAAACUCUUAACAUUCUAACAAAGUAAUUGGAUACAUUUUGUAUUUAAUGUUAUUGCUUCUAUUUAUUUGUGUUGGAGUUAACAAGGACAAACACAAGUAUCACUGUGGCUUCAGUACAUGUGUGCAAAUGUGUGAUUUGGUUUCAGUGGUUCUAGUCUGGUAUGUGGGCGACCAAAGUUUGUUAUAACUGCAUGAGAGAACUGCUGCAGACAUUUAGAGUUGACCCACCUCUUUUUUUCAACACUACUGCUCUACAUGGCCGUACCUGAUGUCUUAUAUUAACACCGUGCGUCGAAAUCCACAUAUGAGUUUAAAUGUACGUCAUAUACCAUACUUUCUGUUGCAGCUACUCAAAAGUGUGUCAUCUGUCUGCAUCAGUGACGAUUGAGACAUUGUGGAAAUACUAUAAAGGCCUGAUGGGCGAUUAACUGCCUCAGAAAACACUUUUUGAAUUUAUAGUCGGUCACUAAAAAGCUUUUUCUAUUUUAUCUCUUGUGAAAGUUUUACAUUUUGUCUUAACAAAAAGGAUUUGUUAAAUGUGAUAUUCACAAAUACUAAUGUUAUAUUUAUAUUUUGUUAAGGCAUCAAUGCAAAUA